AAAACGGAAGUAGAAGGAACUAUGAAUGUCAAACUGUAGCAUGCUGUGUGUGUUUAGUAACCUACAGUAAAUAUGUCAGGGCACAGUUUAUUUAGGAUAUUCACGAUAACUAAAUGCGUCACAGCCAAUGGUACCACGUCGCUGUGCAGGACGAGCGUAUUAAACAGAGUACAGACAUGUGGAUAUGCAAAGAAGGCUGUGGUCAAAGGGAAAGGAAAAACCAUGGUGAAAGAAGAGCUGAAGGGUCCAGAGGUGUGUAAAGACCCUGCCAGACUUACUUCUCAUGCAGUAGGGGUCAACAUCUUCAAACAAGGAGAGGACCCCCAGCUGAAGCCUCCUGAGCAGUAUCCAGAGUGGUUGUUCCAGUUCAACCUGGGAGAACCCAAAAAGCUGCAGGAGCUGAGCCAGGACACCUGGGAAUACUGGAGGCGUCUGAGGAAGGAGAACAUUUGGCGCUACAACAAAUUACAGAAAGGCCGGAAGUUUUAGGCCCCCGCUGGACUGACAGAGGGCUUCGACUCUGUGGACUGAAUUACCUGUCGAAGAAGUUCAGCUUCCUGAUGAAAUAACAUUAGACCAACUCUUGGCCACUUCCAGCAGCAUAAACAGCUCCUUCUUGGCUGUGUUAAAAACAAGGGGGAAAAUACAAAACCCAACACUCACUAUGUAAUAAAGUUAAAGCACGACCAGAGUAAGGCCUCGAACGCCAAACAGUCUCAACAGAAACUAAAUAUAAUAAGCAGUCUUGACUUUGGAAACAGCCAGUGGCAAAACAGCCUCACCAACAGGUCCCUUUAGCAGCUGCUUCCCAUUGUAUGACACAGUUUUAAGCAAAUGGUAUUUGCCUAUUUGUCCAGAAAUUGUAGACGAAUUUCAAAAAUCGUGGGAUGUGAUUGAAGCUCCCCAACAGCUACUAAAAGAACCUUACAUUGAGAUUGUUUUAUCAAUUUCAGAAAGGUGUUUUUUACAGUAUUUGGUUCAGAGAUACUGCAUUGCAUUGGAUUAAUUUCUACACGUUUGUUUUUCUCUGUUUGUUCAUUUAUAUCCAUAUCUGAAAAGAAAUGGCCGGCUGGUGCAGCCACGAAUCAGUUCACUGUUGUUGUUGUUUUGCUAACUCAUUAUAAAUAAACAGGAGUACAUACA